AUGCUCACAGAAAUAGAAGCGAUGCUAAAUUCGAGGCCACUCACAUAUCAGGAAGAAAAGUGGGAAGAACAACCUCUCUUGCGACCAAUUGAUUUCCUCCAAAAGAACAUGAUAUUAGACUACCCUCUAAAAUACAUUGGCGAAGAAGGAAAAGACAAGAUCUAUCAUACCCCAGAAGAGGCCCAGCAGCUGGCGACACAACGACAAGUAGAAGCAGCACUCAAAACAUCAAUAGACCUCACAGAACAAUUUUGGAAAAUAUGGAGAGAGCAGUACCUUACUAGUCUUCGAGAACAACAUAAAAUUCGAAUGGAUGAUAAACGCGGAGCAAAAAGGAUACCAAAAAUAGGAGAUAUAGUCCUACUGUGGGAUGCAGUUCAACCAAGGAACACAUGGAAAACAGCAAGAAUAGCACAAAUUGAAGACUCACCUUCGAGACCUAUCAGAGAGGUCGUCGUCGAAACACCCAAUAAAAGAAGACUACGGCGUCCAAUAAAUCGAAUCGUGCCGUUGGAAAUAAACAGUAAUAACGACGAAACCACAGCCCAGCAGAACAAAUCAGAACCAUCCACAGCUCAGACGCAGAAGAAUACCAGCCCAUACAAUCUCCGACCGAGAAAAAACAUCAAUUACAAGGAACAGGACACAGAAGAAUCAGCGCAAAGAAGAAAAAAUACAUCCACCUCAGCAACUUCCUUGUUCACGAUGAUGUUUCUCUCCAUCUUCAUACGAAUGGCAACAGGAUCGCCUAACAACAGCAACCAUUCACUACAAUGCAGUGAAGGAGGAGUGAUUCUAACACAACUCACCCAACUUCCAUACGAAAUCUGCGCCGAGGACUACUGCGUGGAGUUCAAAAGCCCAAAACACAAAGAAGUAGUGAAAUUUCCUCCGCAAAUCACACUCCAUGAUCACCUUGUUAAAUGGAAAACCUUCGACGGCACAGACGUAAAUAUAAUGGAAAUCACCUGUAGAGCAGCGCCCUUCUGUGGACAAAUCGACUGCGUCUUCUGCUCAGUGAUGAUAACAAACCCAGAAUGCUGGCCGCGGACAGCCAUUUUAGUCACAGGACUCAUAGUUUACGCAGGAGUAGCCGUGUGCUACUGUCUCUUCCACGUACCAGUGCUGAUGGGAACGCCACUAAUUUAUCUCCUGAAAAUCACGAGACUGUGUCUGAAAGGACUAAUCAAAUUUCUAUGGAAAUUCUUCACAGCACCACUCUCAACAACUCACCGCCAGCGUAGAAGAAGGAUUUCUUUCUCAGAAGCAGCCAUUCUCCUCGCCAUCAUCUAUACAAAUCCGCUGCAAGCAUGCCAGGAAGUCGACAUCUUCACUCAUCACAGCCGAUCUUGCUAUAAAACCUGGAGCAAGGAGUAUUGCACCAUAGACACAACAGAAAUCCUGAAAAUCAAUCCCCUCAAGCAGGAAGCAUGCAUUCGAUUACGAAACAAGGAGGCUAGUGUAUUGGAAGUGAAGUUGCUAUGGAAAAAUCUCAAUCUGAUCUGUGAGAAGCAGACAAUACUGUAUUCGAGAAGCACCAGAUACGCACUGUUAGACAGCAAAAGAUGCCCACAUGCUGGAUCAUGCACAGGAGCCAAAUGCGGAAAGGUGAAUCGAACUUCGAAGAUAGCAGAACUACACAGAGCGAACGACUUCCCAGGCAUUACAGGAUGUGUGGAAAGCUGCGGUGGCCCAGGUUGUGAUUGCUUUUAUCCUAGUUCUGGAUGUUUAUUCUACAGAAUUUACUUGCUGCCAAAUGACGAAAAGGUUUACGAACUUUUCAAAUGCAACCGAUGGAAACCGGUGGUGGACCUACAGUUGAAUAUCAAUAAAGCGGACGAACCUCAACAAGACCUCAGUUUUCAUCUAAUCCCGAACCAACCAAAAGGUUUGCCACCAUUCAUUAUCACGCUUUCAUCUAUCAGUAUACCACCAACCCCAAUGUUGGAUACAACCUUCCUCACAGACGGUACACUGAUCGCAAUCACACCGGGACCCCUAACACCUCCACUGGUAUGCAACUCAUCUCAGAGCGCAGCAAACUUUACCUGUGAGAUCAGGGAAGACUGCAAAUGCACGCCAGCGGAAGUAAAAAUGACUUGCAACUGCAAAGAAGUCAAUCUCACAGCGCAUAUUCGAGAAUCACGGUACAGACUACCUGUACUGCGACCGAAUCUCGAACUACACCCAAUAAACGGGACGGUUGUGUCUAGGAUACCGCAACUUCCCACAGCAGAAUUUGUCCUACGCAUCAAAGGAAAUUUCGACACAACAGCGAUAAGAUCACAAGCAGUGUGUACAAGCGAGGAUGUGCAUUGUAAUGGAUGCUACAAAUGUUCGAAAGGAGCAAAGGCUCUAAUCACAUGCAAAUCUUCUACACCAACGACAUGGGCAGAGAUUCAAUGUGAAGAUGACGCAUUCACAGUCAAGUGUACAGAUAAAGGAGCACAAACCAAUAUAAGCUUUAUUAGCGAUAGAGCACUGUUUUAUCGGAAUUGUACAAUCAAAUGUGGAUCGAUAGUCAAAUUCUUCAAAAUCACCGGCUUGCUUCAUUACACCGGAACCCUGGAGGGAGCCGCUUGGCGCGUCCUGACUGGAGAAAGUGAGAUCUUCUCAGAGAUCAACUUACCAGACUUCGAGCACCUAGCACAGACCUUCCUUACAUGGUGGUCAAUGCUAGCUGCCACUGGAUUACUUGUGGUAAUAGCACUACUACUAACCUACCUGGCUAUAUCUAACGCUUGCUUUUGUACAGCAAUGCGACUGGUCUGUCGCAUGGAGUUCUCACUGCUUCGACUAAUAGGGAAUCUUCUCCGCGCCCUGUGGAUGCUACCUUUUCGAUUUCUCCAGGGACGGGUUGUAAAGCAACCAAAGUCCGAUGAGAAACGCUUGUAA